GCAGCACCGAGAACACCUUCACAAGCCGACAACACAUCGAACCGAGCUGUGCGUUGUUCUUGUUGUGAUUAUUGUUGUUGUUGUUGUUGUUGUUGUCUGGCUGGCUGGUUGGCUGACUGUUUGGCUUAUCAGCACAAGCGAACGUACAUUUUGGGCAACUGCGACUGCGGCAACUACUUACAGAAAAAUUUCGCUAGCUUCCCCCGCAGCUGCUCAGCGUUCGGCUCAGUGCUCUUUGAGAGGCUUCGCAGUCGACGACAACAACUUCGGCAGCGGCAGCGGCGGCAGCGGCGCAGCGCAGCGACCUGGUGGCAGUCAGGUAUUUCUGCGAGGCGCAAACGCGACGCGAGCUCAAAGCGGCAACGACAAGCAACAGGUCCACGUCCUCGUCGGCAUUAGAAAAUUGCCAGAACCAAUCAAUUAAAUUAUUUAUUUAUUAUUAUUAUUAUCAAUAUUAUUUAUAUGCAAUUCGAGAUCGUCGAAGUGAAUGUUGUGAAGUGAAGCGAGGAUAAAAGAUCGUGUGUAAAUCGAGCCGGCGACAGAACAAGUGUUCGAGUGUUCAACAAAACAUGAGCAUUAAGCAAAUCGAAAUUAAUUAAGUCAAAUAAUACACAAUAAGUGCUCAAUAAAAGUGAGGUAACAAUAUUUGAAAACUUUAAGCAAUUUCGACAAAAUGAAGCAUCUGUAUUUUGUGCACUUUACAAAAGUAUUUUUAAUAACAAUUAUAUGCAGAAAUAUACAAACGAUUGUUGGCGCCGCAAAUGACAGCAACGUGGACGAGAACUGCCCAACGCUGGCCAACGCGGACAGUUUGCAGUACACGGAACUGAUACAAAGGAUGACGCAUGUCUGUCGUUACGAUCGUCUGGAACGACCCAUAGAAUACGACAAGGAGACUUCAAAGCGUCUGCCCAUUGUGGUGAAGAUGCGCAUCUAUGUGUACUUGCUGCAGAAUCUCAACUCGGAUCUGUUGCAGUUCAAGAUGCACGCACUGCUGCAGCUCAGCUUCCAGGACAAGCGACUAGCUUACAAGGAGUUUGCGCCGGAGCGACGUGAAACGAUUUUGGGCCAGAAACAUCUCAGCGAACGCCUCUGGCUGCCGCACAUAUUCUUUGCCAACGAGCGAGAGUCGAGCAUAUUGGGCACUGACGAGAAGGACGUGCUCACAUCCAUAUCACGCGAUGGCAACGUGAUCAUCUCCACGCGAAUACAGGCCUCGCUCUACUGCUGGAUGAACUUCAAGAAGUUUCCCUUCGAUCAGCAAUACUGCUCCACGGUGCUGGAGAGCUGGAUGUACAACACUUCAGAUUUAUUGCUGGAGUGGGAGGAUCGCGCGCCCAUAUCCUUCGAUCCCGAAAUGCGGCUCACCGAGUAUAACUUAGGCCAGUAUUGGCACAACACAUCCAUUGUGCUCUCAGAUGAGGUCAAUAUGCGACAUGGUGCAUUCCAGGGCAACUAUAGUUCGCUCAGCUACACGGUCAAUUUGCAGCGCGAGAUUGGUUUCUAUCUGUUGGAUUACUAUCUGCCCUCCAUGAUGAUUGUGGCCAUAUCAUGGGUGUCCUUCUGGCUGCAGGCUGAUGCCUCACCGCCGCGGAUUAUGCUGGGCACCAGCACCAUGUUGUCCUUUAUAACGCUAUCCUCAUCACAGAGCAAAACGCUGCCGAAGGUCAGCUAUAUUAAGGUAUCGGAGGUGUGGUUCAUUGGCUGCACCUUCUUCAUCUUCGGCAGCCUGGUGGAGUUUGCCUUUGUCAAUACGAUAUGGCGACGCAAGGAGAAUAUUGAGCUGAAGAAGGUCAACAGCAAAUAUAUUAUAAAAUCCACAUUAACGCCGCGUCCCUCGCGCCGUCAGAUUGGCGGCAGUUUGAGCAACGAUUCCAGAGCACGCUCCUGCUCCAGCCUGGACAACAUUGUAUCCAGCACGGAGAGUGUGCGCAAUGGUAAUGGCACUGUCAAUCCCGCCUUUAACAAUUAUCUAACAGUUCAUCCCAACCUGCCCAUCAUACGCACUGAGUGCGCUGAUAAUGUUUCGGUGUGCAGCGCGCGGUCAAACAACGAUCACGUUGUGGACAUUGAUAAGGAUAAGGAUAAGGACAAGGAGAAAGAUGCACCAACAUUUACAACCAUGACGCCACAAGAGAUCGCCAUGUGGAUUGACAGACGUUCGCGUCUGUUAUUUCCCGGCAUGUUCUUGGCCUUUAAUGCGCUUUACUGGAUAUUCGUCUAUUGUUUUUAGGCUUAAGCGAACUGCACACAAUUAUAUAUGUGAACUAUUAACGAACGCACCAAAUUGUUGCCAUACAUGUGAUUUCUUGUCGCUUGUGUUUGUUUUCUCUUAAUAUUACGCUUAUUGUAAUAUGUAUUAAUUAAUUGUAAGUUACAUCAUCUCAUAGUCAUAGUUGUACAAAUGUCACGCAUAUCUUAUAAAUACAUUCAAUAA